UCAUCCCCACCCCGGCCGGCCAGAUGAUGUGCUAUAUAUACCCAUGGCAUCCCACAGGCAGAACUCCAUGUCCAAGCAUCCAGUGCACACAGUACUGUGAGAUCAACACAAAUCAUCAAGCUAUAUAGAUUCACACGUCAAUCUCUCCCUUAACCCACAGUCAGCUUAGUAGCUUACUACUGCUGAGUUUAUAAAGAUGAAGAGCAAGGCGUCUACGUUCUUGAAGCACAUGCUGUCGACCAUCGUGGCCGUGGUAAAGUCCAAGUCGACGGCGGUGCGCGCCAAGACGAGCGCCUUCAAGACGCGCCUCCUGGUGCUCGGAAUCCUCCGGAACAAGAAGCUCCUCGUCAGCGCCAUCAACCACAAGAUCCACGCCCUCAUGGGCCAGGACGCCAACAACAACAAUCAACAUGAAGAUCACCACCACGACGACGGCGGCAGCAGCAAGAAGGCCAUCGUGCUCUACAACUCGCCGAGCUACGCGACGACGGAGCGCGACGCUGAGGAGGAGGAGGAAGAAGAAGACAACGACGACUACCUGACGCACUCGCUGUUCCAGGAGGAGGAGGAGGACGACGACGAGCUGGUGAACGCGCCGGGGUCGGUGAUCGACGUGGUGCGCGACGCCAAGGAGAAGGACGGAGAUGGAGCCGAAUUCAAGCUGGAAGACGAGAUCGACCACGUCGCCGACGUCUUCAUCCGCCGGAUCCACAAGCAGCUCAAGCUGCAGAAGCUCGAGUCAUUCAAGAGGUUCUGCGAGAUGAUGGAGAGGACCGCCUGAUUAAUUCAAUUCAUCUCUCUGGCAUAUCAGUGUGCAUGGUGUGCUCUCCCCUUAAGCCAAGAUUAAUUAUACAUUAACUUGGCGAGCCCAUGCAUGUAAGUAGUAGAAAAUAGAAACUGUGCCAGCUGCCAACGAGAUACUUUUUUCUUGUAGCAGUAGGGAUAGCAUGCUGCAGGAUCUACUUUGAUCAUUCCACAAUGUUCUUUUCUUUUUAGGAACGGACAGGAGCGCUACCUUUUCGUUAAGAAGAAAUAGAUGAAUAUUUAAAGGGGGCAAUUUUUUAA